AUGAGAUAUUCAACUUCAACGACGAGCACGCCUUUACUCUCCGACGAUGUUACCCGGCCGGAUAUUAAACAACUCAACUUCAUCCAGACUAACGCCGCAAUGUCCUUCGAAGACGCCGUUACUGACGCUAUCGACGAUGUAACUUCCGAGCCCGACGAACAGCCACUUUCUGCGGCAGUUGUUUUCGGCGGUCAAGCAAAGGAGAAAGUGAAGAAGAAGGUGAAGAUGCAGGGCGGAAGUAGUCCUGAGAAUGCUACAGCUGGAGGUGACGCCAACCAGUUCACUUCUACAGUCGUUAUGAUGAGCGCUGGGAAUGGAAGGCCGACGUCGGGGUUAAAGCCGUCGCCAAGUGUAGGAUCAAGCCUGGAGAGCCUUGCCAAGUCGGAGGCUGAUCAGAAUGAUAACGUUUCGCCGUGGAUAAUGGGAGAAGCGUGGGAGAGAUUUUACAAGUCCUUCGUUUACUACAAGGACAAGCCCGUUGGCACUCUCGCUGCUCUCGAUCCUAGUGCGGAUGCCUUGAACUACAAUCAGGUUUUUGUCAGAGAUUUUAUUCCCAGUGGGUUGGCAUGCCUGAUGAAACCGUCAAAGGAAGGUUUAGAUAUGGUGAAGAAUUUCCUGCUAAAGACUCUCCACCUGCAAGGUAACUGGGAGAAAAGGAUUGACAACUUUACUCUUGGACAGGGAGUCAUGCCCGCCAGCUUCAAAGUUCAGUACAAGCCAGGUCUCCAAAAGGAUGUUUUGGAACCAGACUUCGGUGGCACUGCAAUUGGAAGGGUGGCACCCGUAGAUUCUGGGUUUUGGUGGAUCAUAUUGUUGAAGUCAUACACAAAAUGCACAGGCAAUCAUAGCCUUGCUGAAUCGCCUGCUGCCCAGAGAGGAAUGAAAUUGAUUCUCAACCUUUGCCUUGCUGAUGGCUUUGAUACAUUCCCAACACUCUUAUGCGCUGAUGGAUGCUGCAUGAUUGAUAGAAGGAUGGGGAUGUACGGAUAUCCAAUCGAGAUCCAGGCGCUUUUCUUUUUUGCGCUGAGGUGUGCUCGACAGUUGCUUAUCCCGGAACAUGGUAACAAGGAAUUGAUCGAACGCAUAGACAAGCGUAUCACUGCUUUGAGCUACCAUAUCCAAAAGUAUUAUUGGCUUGACUUCAUACAGCUGAAUAACAUUUAUCGUUACAAGACUGAGGAGUAUUCCCACACUGCUGUCAACAAAUUUAAUGUCAUUCCUGAAUCUAUCCCAGACUGGGUGUUUGAUUUCAUGCCACUUCGAGGAGGCUAUUUCAUUGGUAAUCUCAGCCCAUCACGCAUGGACUUCAGGUGGUUCCUAGUUGGAAACUGUAUUGCUAUUUUAAGCUCUUUAGCAACCCCAGCACAGGCAACAGCUAUCAUGGACUUAAUUGAAGAGCGCUGGAGUGAAUUGAUCGGUGAUAUGCCUCUGAAAAUUUCAUAUCCUGCACUCGAGGGCCACCAGUGGAAGAUUGUUACUGGAUGUGAUCCCAAGAACACGCGUUGGAGUUACCACAAUGGUGGAUCUUGGCCAGUUCUGCUAUGGCUACUUACAGCAGCAUGCAUCAAAACAGGAAGGCCUCAAAUUGCCAAAAAGGCAAUAGAGCUGGCAGAACAGCGCCUUGCCAGGGAUGGCUGGCCCGAGUACUAUGAUGGUAAGACUGGGCACUUUGUUGGUAAACAGGCAAGAAAGUACCAAACUUGGAGCAUUUCUGGGUACCUGGUGGCGAAGCUUAUGAUAGAGAACCCUUCCAAUCUCCGAUUUAUCUCUUUAGAGGAAGACAAAAAAAUUGCUCAACCAAGGCUCAAUCGGUCUGCCUCAUGGUCCUCUUAG